AACAUAUUUUUACACCGCCGACGCCCUUCCUUUCUCGACACCGUCCAGAAGUUGCGGAACCUUCGCAAGGGUUAGCCGCUGCGGCCUUCCCUACGCCGCUUUCCAUCCCCGUGCUCCGUUUAAACAAUCCCAGGCCCGGGUCUGGUUGGGGUUGCUUAAAAAAUUCAUGUACAGAGGACAGUCUCUCUUUCACCCAGCGUUCCUCGGUGCACGGCGGCAGCAGCGGUGGCGUAUUCCUCCGGCGAGCUCUUGUCACUGCGGCGUUUUCCUCGGCCAACGGCAGUAGCGGCGGCUGCUUCUUCUCACCCCGGCUGAUAGGGACAAGUGACCUCAAGGAAUUCACUGUGGUUGGUGACGAAGAACUCAAGGGUGUUGAGUGCAGGCCAACCAAUGUUUACAUGUUGCAGGCUUCUGAGGCGUUCAUUCUGCACAACAUCUUCUUCUACAAGCUGUGCCAAGCCAUGGCUCUUUAUUGGUCUUGGAAACCCAGGGGAGAAAUACCGUGGCACAAGACACAAUGUUGGUUUUGACAUGAUCGAUGCAUUUGCCCAGUCGCUGGGCAUUUCAAUGGCAUCCAUUCAUUUCAAGGCUCUUUUCGGUGAAGGAAUGGUUGGUGGCACACCUGUUCUCCUUGCAAAACCUCAGACGUACAUGAAUCUUAGUGGUGAAUCUACUGGACCACUUGCAGCAUAUUACAAACUUCCUCUGAAUCGGGUCAUUGUGAUGUUUGAUGAUAUGGACUUACCAUGUGGAGUGCUUCGUGUGCAACCUAAAGGAGGACAUGCGCGUCACAAAGGAUUGAUGAGUGUGAUCUACCAUUUUCGAGGGAACAGAGAAUUUGGCAGACUGAGAAUCGGGAUAGGAAGACCACCUGGGCAAAUGGAUCCAAGAGCCUUUUUGCUCCAAAAGUUCAAUGCAUCAGCCCGUGAGAGGAUUGAUGAGGCAUUGCAAGAAGGGGUGGACGUCCUGAAGACACUCUUGACUAAAGGCUUGACAGAAUGUGCAAGUUCGACCAACCCAUAUCAGAAGUACAAGCAUUUAAGACUUCAAACAUUGCCGGUGUAGCUCUAAAUUUUGGAUCACUUUGUAACAAUCCUAUAAGCCAGGAAGAUUCUGUAGAAGAAACCUACAUAUCUUUUGUGAUCAAUCGGUGGUUCUUUGCCCAGCAAGAUAUGCUACUGCUUCUGGGUUGGUGCUUAACUACACAGAUCGAAAAGCAGUCAGCAUUAUGACUCAUUAUAGCAGUGAAGAUGAAAGGAACUUCUAAAUAAUCUUCAACUGGAACAGUAUGUGCUGCAGCUUUAUUAGGUAAAUCUUGUAUUGACUUCCAGUUGCUGACCUUUUGCUUCAAGUUGUCUGCAACUUUUCUGUUAAGUCAACAGAGAGGAGAUUCUAUUCUUUUCA